AUGACAAUGGAUAUCGAUCCUACUAAUGGAGUAUUAUCCAAUGCUGUUGGAUUUUGUCUCUAUCCAAAACCUUGGGAACACCCAAAUACAUUAAUGGUAGUGGAAGCUGGUAUAAAUAGAUUAUGCUUUGCAGACGUGAAAAAAGAAAAUAAAUUACUAAUAGUGAAUAAAAAAGAACAAGAUGGAUCUAAUUCUUUUAAUGAUAAGAUCUUUAUCCAAUGUAUUUUUGCAACACAAAUACAUGAUCUAACAUUAUCUAUAGAUAGCACAUUAUUUGAUUUCUUGAUAUUAGUAAAUCAGCAAUUUGGAUUUUCGCCAGAAUGGAUUGAGUAUUUUGACAAGAAGAGUAAUGAGAAGAUUAGUAUCACAGAUGAAGAGGAUUGGAAGAUUGCAAAAUAUAGUUAUAUUAAAACAAAAAAAGGAUUGGAUGAUGAGACAAGUGAGGCAUUAAAGAUUUUUUUGACACAAUAA